GUGGAAACAGCGACUGACUCAGACACGGAGAGCAGAGGCCUGCGGGAAUACCACUCUGUUGGGAUCCAAGUGGAAGAUGAGAAACGGCACGGACGGUUCAAGCGCUCAAACAGUGUGACAGCAGCUGUCCAGGCUGACCUGGAGCUGGAGGGUUUUCCAGGCCACAUCACCAUGGAGGACAAGGGACUUCAGUUUGGUUCUUCAUUCCAGCAGCACUCGGAGCCCAGCACACCCACCCAAUACAGUGCCGUGAGGACUGUACGGACACAGGGACUGUUCAGUUACAGAGAAGACUAUAGGACCCCAGUUGACACCUCAAACCUUCCACCACCAGAGCCCUGGCUUGAGCCUGCCAUUGAGACAGUGGAGACUGGGCGGAUGUCUCCGUGCCGACGGGAUGGAUCUUGGUUUAUGAAGUUACUGCACACUGAAACUAAGAGAAUGGAAGGAUGGUGCAAAGAGAUGGAGAGAGAAGCAGAAGAAAAUGAUCUUUCUGAAGAAAUCCUAGGUAAGAUCCGAAGUGCUGUUGGAAGUGCUCAACUCCUCAUGUCUCAGAAGUUCCAGCAAUUUUAUUGGCUUUGUCAGCAAAAUCUGGACCCGAGUGCCAUGCCCAGACCAACCUCCCAGGACCUAGCAGGUUUCUGGGACUUAUUGCAGCUCUCGAUUGAAGAUGUCAGCAUGAAGUUUGAUGAACUGCACCAGUUGAAACUCAAUGAAUGGAAGAUAAUAGAAUCACCUGAAAGGAAGGAAGAAAGAAAAGUUCCUCCUCCUGUACCAAAGAAGCCCCCCAAAGGGCGGCUGCUGGCCGCCAAGCGAGCGGCCUCGUUCCGGCAGAACUCGGCCACGGAGCGUGCGGACAGCAUCGAGAUCUAUAUCCCCGAGGCCCAGACCCGGCUCUGAGGGCAGCGCUGCACAGCUCCUUUUGUACAACGCACUGCUUGUACAGUUUAUCACUCACCUGGUAACUUCCGUCUCAUCCUCUCCACUCACUAUGCCCUCGCUGUCGUGUUCUUUGUGCCAUAAGCACAGUGGAAUGCUUUUGAUUUCCUCAGAGUUUGGCGAGCUCAGCGCAGGAACGACUUCUUUUUCUAUUUAUUGUCUGACUUACAAUCAGCUACAAUGGAUAGGGCUUGUCCAGACCUGACUUAUCCAAUGUAUUCUCAGAGGACAACGAGAAACACCUCUUGAGAUGGAACCCAGCUUACUUUUUGUUAUUUCUAUUUUUAUAAAAAGUGUGAGAAUUAGGGAUAAGAAUAACAAACUCCAAAUGGGUGCAUCUCACCAUUCACUAGAGGCAUUAGCUAAAUCCAAGUAGAAGGUGCUACAAAUGUAAAGAGCAGGAAAGAAAGAACCCAUUUAUCUCUUUGACCUCCAGUUUCUUUUCCUAGAACCCAGCUAACAUGUUUACCCACGCACUCUGCCACUCUUCUCAUCUUUGUUACUGCAGA